UGGUAAUGAUGUGGUUGGUGCCCACAACAGCCGUGUAAGCUAUGCCAUUUUUCUCUGCAGAGCUGAAAAAACAGGAAGAGGAAGACCAGCUUGUGGUUACAAAUCUAAAAUCAGCAACGUUAAGGUUCGUGACUGCCACUGGUAGCAGUGCUAAUUGUGCAAACAGUGGGUGCAUGAAGGGUUUAACGGCUGAUUAAAUGAAUACGGCAGGGUGGAAGGUGUCUGUGGUGGACAAAGCUGUGCUGGCAGCAGACACCCCGAUGCCACAUCACUCAAGUAAGUUUCAAGAUCUCUGUCAAUCUAACCUACUUUGCUGACAGUCUUUACUGAAGAUUCAGAGUUUAUAGAAUGUUGCUGUGUCCUCACAGUUACUGCAUCUGUGUAAAACAUCAGGUCUUAUUCGCAUUUUAUUGAGAAUUGUCAUUUUAAAUACCUUAUUUCUUUUUGUUAAUCUGAAAAAUGUUCUGUUCUUAAACAGAAAUGUGGUUCUCAGCUAUCAGGGUGUGCCAUCUUUACAGAUCUUCAAUAUGGCACUUUCAUUUCACAAGAUGGUUUUUCAUCCAACCACACAAUAAAGUUAUUAGAGAAUGAAACUCACUUUGCUAUAGUCAGAAAAUACCCUGAGCACACAUGACAUAAUUAUUUGAAGGUUUGCAAAGCAUUUAUUUCAAGUUUAAAUUGUAAACAGAGAAGUUGCAAUAUGGGUGUGCAAUGCUGAUGGUGAAAUCUGAAAAGAACAUCCCGCAGAAGCAGAACUGAAAAGACAAAGACAGCAGAGUCUGUUUCGGCAAAUGCUAAUGCAAUGAAUUUUCUAAAAUGUGAUUCCAUUUUUUUAACAAAAAGUAUUUAAUUAAAAAACACGUUGAUUAGUGAACCACUGAUUUGUCUCAGUUUUAUUGUUUGCUGUUUAUUAUCUGAUAAGAGCGCACCUAUUUUUUAACUUUGAGGGGAAGAAAAUGCAUGUUUUUUGAGAGUUAAAACACAUCUAAAUGUCUUCUGAUGUAGUUUUCAUAAUCACACUCUGUUCACAAUUCCUGCACUGAUGAGAGCAAGUGAAAGCGUAGUUAUGCACCUCUAAUCUAAUCCCUCUUCCUUUCCAGCGUUUCAUACCUGCCAUGAGAAUGUCUGGAUUCCAGGUCCUCUUCCUCCUCCUAACCCUCAGCUCCCUUUUACCUCUGUUUUAUUACAGCUUUUUGGGUCAAAAGUUGCAUGUGCAGCAAUAUCAUCGAGAUGUUCCCCUGAAAAACAUCAGCAUCCUGCUGUGGCACUGGCCAUUCAGGCGCGCCUAUAGACUCAUCGGAGACAAAUGCCUCACAAUGUUCAACAUCAGCCACUGUUCCCUCACUGAUAACACCUCCACCUUCUCCACUGCUGAUGUUGUUGUGUUCCACCAUCAGGAGCUGAGCAGAGGUCUGUCAUCUCUGCCCCUGCACCUGGCUCGACCUGCUUCUCAGCACUGGGUGUGGCUCUCCAUGGAGCCUCCUGUCAACAAUGCAAACCUCUCACGGUUCAACGGCCUCUUCAACUGGACGAUGAGUUACAGACGUGAUGCAGAUAUAUCCAUUCCAUAUGGAAAAACCAUCAUGACACGCGAUGACCCAGGCUUCCAGGCUGUGUCAAACCGCUCCUGCCUUGUCAGCUGGGUGGUCAGUAAAUAUCGGCCUCAGCAGGCUAGGGCUGCUAUUUACGAAAGUCUAAAGAAGUAUAUACCCAUAGAGGUGUACGGCAAAUGGAACAGGAAACCUCUAUCUGACAAGAAACUGUUGCCAACUAUUGCAAAGUGUCUAUUUUACCUGUCUUUCGAAAACUCUGAGGCAAAAGACUACAUCACAGAGAAGCUCUGGAGGAAUGCCUUUCAAGCAGGGGCCAUACCGGUGGUUCUGGGCCCAAGCAGGGCCACCUAUGAGGCCGUUGCUCCGCCUCAUUCCUUUAUUCAUGUGACUGAUUUCAAGCACACAGCAGAUCUAGCUGCUUAUCUGAAACAUGUUAGUGCAGACAGGCAGACAUAUGAAAUGUACUUCAAGUGGCACCGCACUCACAGCAUCAAAACCUACACUGACUGGAGAGAAAGACUGUGUCAGAUCUGUGUCAAAUAUCACAAUUUACCAGUCAAUAAAGUCUACCAGGACCUGGAGAGGUGGGUUAACAACUAAGACUUUAUCUCUCUGUGCAUUCAGGUCAAUGAUGUGUUUUGAUUUGGGCUGCUAAUACGACUGGGUUAAAAAACAGUUUGAUGUGCGCAUGUCUUGUUCAGCAGUGCAGCUUUGGAAAACAGAGAGGAACUGCAAACCACAAAGUGUUUUGGCGGUGUUGGCAGUGCACUGUACAACACGCUGAAGAGGAAACUUGUGUGUUAUCAUAAAUAAAUGUGUUCCAUUUGUUUUAACAGUGGAGCCAAGUUUCUCUUUACAAUGCUACUGUACAAGAAAGACACGUUUCUUCAUUUGAAGUAUUGUGCAUGUCUGCUUAGUACCUCAGUGUACUUCAAACAACAAGAGUCAGUGAAGCUUAGACGUCUAAAAGUAACUGAUUCAGCAAAACCAAUUUUACCUGGUGGGAGAAAAUAACUUAAUUUAUAGACCAUUUUCUCAACAUAGUUCUACAGCACUUUAAAAAAAAAGGGGAACAAUAGAUUAUAAAUUAAUCACAAGGUAAAAAUUAAAUCUAUGCAUGUCAUAACAGAAUAUUGACUGCACUAUGAACAGUAUUUCAUUUCACAGUUAAAAUGCCUUUACAUGUGUGUGUCCUUGUAGCCUACUUUUGGACUUGGUGCUUUUGUGGUUUCAGCUCAUUUCUAACAUUUUCUUGUUGGUUGUGAUAACAACUGAUAUGAGUGCAAGCUAUUAUUGCUUCUCAUGUGAGACUGUCUUGGCUGUUCCAUGAUCCACCACAUGGAGGUAACAGGACAGACAAAGAAAAGAGAAGUGAUUGUUCAAAAUCAUUAUUAAAACCAUUAGCAACACUGCCAUUGGAAGACAGAUUCAAGACCUUAGUGUAUGAAGUCAAUUGUCUAACUUAACGUUCACAGGUUUCAUUCCAGUGAACGCCUAAUGGCAUAGCAUCACUUUGGUGAGACAAGUCACAGAGAGAAACAUUUCAAGCCAUUUCGUAUAUUUUAAUGAUUCAACCUAUCCAUGAAUGAAGGUAGAAAUAUACAGAUACCAUGUCACACUGCAGAUGCAGCAGAAUAAUGGUGGACCACAUCUAUAUAUUCUGGUCUUGUCCCAUUAACACGCUGUUUUGAGAGGCAGUGUCCAAAACACUCUCCAAAGCUUUAGGCUUUGAGAUCAAUAUGUCCUUCCCUACACAAAACUUGGACUUCCUCCAGGGGGAUCUAAACAAGAAUGACACAUAUUUACUAAAGAGCUUUAUGGCAGCCAGCAAGAAGGUUAUCACAAGAUGUUGGUGUCAAAACACGACCAUUCUGUGGACACAUGAGAAGUAGUGUGACUCAGUUACAUAAUAUGGAGCAGAUCACUUAUAAUCUGAGGCUACAAAAGGACAUAGGGAAAAAUAUUGGGGGAAAAUAGACCCUUUUCUUAGCCCAGUAACUUCAAAUUGCUAUUUGCUUAAAAAUCUACCUAAGCAGGUGUAUAUACAGGCACACCUGUACUGUGUGAGAAUGCAAAUAGGUAGACAGAUGAGGAUAAGUUUAUGUUUUCAUUUUAUUAUUAUUAUUAUUUCCUAUGUAAGUUGGGACUGCCUGACUUUGUUGUUUGUUUUGUACAUUUAAGAAAAAAAUAGUUUAUAUAUACAUAUAUAUAUAGACAGACAGACAGACAGAUAGAUAGAUAGAUAGAUAGAUAGAUAGAUAGAUAGAUAGAUAGAUAGAUAGAUAGAUAGAUAGAUAGAUAGAUAGAUAGAUAGAUAGAUAGAUAGAUAGAUAGAUAGAUACACAGAUACAUAGAUGCAUAGAUAGAUACAUAGAUAGAUAGAUGGAUAAAUAUAUUUUGGCAGAAACAUUUUGCAUUUGGGCAGCACAGUGGUGGUCAGCACAGUCACCUCACAUCUAGAAGAUCCCCGGUUUGUGUCCCGGCCAGGUCCUGGGAUCUUUCUGCAUGGAGUUUGCAUGUUCUCCCUGUGCAUGUGUGGGUUUUCUCCAAGUUCUCCAGCUUCCUCCCACAGUCCAAAACAUGCUGAGGUUAAUAUGUGGUUCUAAAUUGUCUAUAGGUGUGAAUGUGAGUGUGAUUGUGUGUCUGUAUAUGUAGCCCUGUGACAGACUGGCGACCUGUACAGGGUGUCCCCUGCUUUCGCCCGAGU